AGAAGCUUUUUCCCCACCGAAGAAGACCUCCAUUUCCUGUCGUCCAGCCGUGGACAAAAUUUCAGCGCUGACUUCACAUUUUAAAACUGUCGGAUUCACCUAAUGCUGUGAGAAAGCAGCAAGAGCCGGAAUGUGAAAUCUUCUGCCCGUGAAACGCGAAGAGAUUAGCGGGAAGAUGAGCUCCAGCUCUUAAUCAAAGUGGUUUCGUGGCAUUUGGCAGUUUCUGGCCUCCGCUUCUCAGAAGUGUUCCAGUACAGCAUCUCCAGUCUCCUGCUUGUUGAAGUGCAUGUCGAUUCAGUCAUGGCCCGUGGUUGCAUCUGCUGCGUGAAAUACAUGCUGUUCCUCUUCAACCUGCUCUUCUGGCUGUGUGUGUGUGGACUGCUGGGUGUUGGCGUGUGGCUGUCGGUGUCUCAGGGCAGCUUCGCCACCCUGUCGCCCUCCUUUCCUUCACUCUCCGCCGCCAACCUCAUCAUUACCCUCGGUACUGUUGUAAUGGUGACAGGUUUCCUGGGUUGCCUGGGUGCUAUCAAGGAGAACAAGUGUCUGCUGCUGAGUUUCUUCAUCGUUCUGUUGAUCAUCCUCUUGGCCGAACUUAUCCUCCUCAUCCUGUUCUUUGUCUACACAGACAAGGUGAGCGAAAACGCCAGACAGGACCUGAAGGAAGGGCUGGUGUUGUACAACACAGAUGACAAUGCAGGCCUGAGGGAUGCAUGGAACACCAUACAGGGAGAGUGGAGGUGUUGUGGAGUGAUGAGCCACAGUGACUGGUACAGUGCUCUGCAUGACAACAUGGUUCCUGACAGCUGCUGCCAGCAGGUUUACCCAGACUGUGGCCGCAAUGCCUCCCACGCCUUCUGGACACAGGGCUGCUACGAGAAGGUAGAGGAGUGGCUGGAUGACAACAAACACCUUCUGGGAACCAUCGCCAUGUGUGUGUUGGUCAUACAGCUGCUUGGUAUGGCCUUCUCCAUGACACUUUACCAACAGAUCCACCGAGCAGGGAAGAAGUUUGAAGCCUGAGGGUAUCGACUGUUUCCUCACAGCUGUUAGCUUCACCUUUUGUUUAUAGUCCCAAUAAGCCAGUUAUAGCCACUACAGCCUUAUCUAUGCACUCAGUUACUGAUGGUGAAGAGCAUUUCUAUUAGUUUCACAUACAGUAAAGCUUUUAUCCCCUCUGUAGUUGGUGUUAUAUACAAUUGAUGAUUAGAAAAAGUGACAAGGCUCUUUUGGUGGUUGAAAGGAGAAAGACAAACAACAGU